GCCGAGCCGGGCGGCAGCGAGCAUCCCGGUCCAGCGUCCCCCCCAUCCUGGCACGUCAUAUGAUUUCUCCUAAGGGACCACUGCUGAGCGGGACUGUCUCUCCAAGCUGAUCCUUUGCUGAUAAGGCAGCUGCCAAGCCUCCACUGCAGAGACAAAAGAGUUUUUCUUUUCCCAGCAGAGCUUUUCUGCUGUGAAUGACAGAGAAAGGGGUAAAAGUGAGCUGCCUGGCACUCCUCGUGGUCGAGAGGCUUUGGGGGCUCCUUCUGCCCUGCUGUGCUGGCAGAUCAUGGAGCUUUUCAGGCUGAGCCUGGGCUGCAUUUGCCUUCUUCCUUGGCUUGAGGUAGCAGAGGGACAAGGCUUCCUCAUAAGAAACACUUGGCUGGAAAAGUGCAUCCGUGCCUCCCAUGAGACCAACAGCAUCAGCCUGGCCAGCUGCAAGGAGCACUCCCAGCAGCAGUGGUGGGGCUGGGACCCCGACACGGGCACCAUCAUCAGCCUGCACACGAAGCGGUGCCUGUCAGCCCACGGGAUGCGCGAGUACGCUCUGGUCAAGCUGGAGGCCUGUGGAGACUGGGAACACCAGGCAUGGUCCUGCAGCAAGAAGGGACACUUGACUCUGCAGAGCCUGGGCUUCCACCUCAGUACCAAGGAGGGAGGCCACAAGGUCUUUGUCUCGAGGCAGAAAGACAAGUUCGGCAGGUGGAAGACACUGGCAGAUGAAACCAUCUGUGCUGCAGCCCGGACAGCAGCUCAGAGGCCCAGCAAACCAACACAACAAGCUCUAGACACACGUGUGUGGAUCUAUGAAACUAAAACCAUUGAUUCAUCAAAGAUUGAUGCUGUGGACAGAGAAUCUUCCCUAAGCUUGACUGACCCCCCUCCGGCUAACAAAUUCAACAGCACAGUGUCUCCGGUAAAGACCAAACAGGCACAGCUCCCAGCAAAUGAAGAUCCACCCCACAACCACUCCAAGAAGCAUGGAAAUCGUGGGAAAAACACUGGGGCCAGGCUUGCAGGCACGAACUGGAAGACAGCCAUGCUGGUCCUCAGCCCCUUGGCAUUCAUACUAGGAUUAAUAAUACUGACACUCAAUGUUCACUACAACAAGAAAAAGAAAAUCCUCUCUGCUCUGAAGAGCUCUCCAGCAGACAGCAGCAGAGCUGAUUUAAGGGAGCCGACCCCCUUACGGAGAGGCCCCCAGCCAUACCUUCCACCAUCCUGCUCCCCUUCCCUGAGGCGUGGAGAGAUCCUCAUUGAGUGGAAAGAUGGGACUGUCACUCCUCUUUUUGAUAACAUCAAUUACCAAGUGGAAUAGCUCCAAAAUGACAGAGCUUUUGCUCCAUCCCAUAUCACUGCUCCCACCAGCACGAGUGCUACCUGAUCUCCUCCUCCCUACCCAUCCUGUUUUGACAGGAAGCACUGUUUGGAGUUUUUUUCUAAACACUUGAAUACAAUCUCCUUGCACAGCACAAGGCUGAAGCAAGCAGAGUAUAUUGUUUGGUUUGUAUAGGCACAUGCUGUUUAACAAUUUCACAGCUGCUUUAACCCAUAACAAACCCCAGGUUCCCCUAGAUGAAGCUGGGACUUUGGCCAGCUGCAACUGCCCAUUGAACCAAAAUUAGAGUUACUGAGUAUAUGAAAAAGUGAAUGUUUGAAGAAAAGGCAAAAGGUAAAAAACAAGUCUUGAUGACCCUCAAACUUCUUUCAAGAUAAAACUUGCUGCCAAUAGAUGCAGAAGGCCAUCAGUGACACUGUCAGUGUGAGAAUGUAAUUAAUAAGUACUGCCUUCUAUAAAACCUCCUCUGGGUAUCUGCCAAAACAUUCAUCCCCACUACAUCGUCAAUUAAGUAGCAAGCCAUUUUUCUAACUUAAAAGGUAACACUCCACUGUUCUCUCUGCAUCACUGCAAGAGCCCUGCUGAGAGCAGACGUGUCUCUCAAAAUGUUUCCAUAUUUAGGAUGUACUAAACCUUAUUGUAACACACAUCCUCUUUUAUUAUAUAGACCGGCAAGUAAUGCUGGUCAUGCUUGUUGGGGAUAUUGCAUAUAGAGCCACUUUAUAACAGCUUCAGUCUCUUAUUUCCUAUAAUCAUAUAGAAUAGUCAAUGAAUAAAUGCUUCACUCCAGAGCAGUAAUUACCAGAGCAGUCAUACAGUUACUUUCUUUUAGACAGGAGUAUGACAUUGUUUUCAGCCUUUACACUUCUUGAUUGAGCAUAAUUAGCUGUGACUGUCACACUCAGUCCUGAUCUUUUCCCAGUGUAAUUUGCAAUGUCUUAGCGCUUUCCUAAUAUUCAUGAGUGUAUGCUUUCUGAUUUUGAGAUGAUGUAAUCAUGGCUAUAAGUCAAGAAUUAUGUGAAGAAAGAAACAAUAACACUAGGAAAUUACAAGUAUGAGCUGUGUCAGUGUAUUUGUUCAGUAGACCAAGGGAACCCAUAUCCUCACAUCUCUUACUUGAGCAAUGCCUUUCACUUGACAUAAAUUAAGGUGUUCUGCUAUUUCAGUGUAGCUUGGUCUUCUCCCGACUUUGGUAUUAUUCAACCUACAGCAGAAGUAAGGUCCUUCCAGGGAAUUU